CGUUACCGCCGCAUUUUUUAUUCAGUUGAUAUUCGAAACACAGCGAGUACCUACGCUAUUAAGUUUCCGUUAUAAAGUAAAUAAAAAAACAUCAAAAUGGGUUGUGGCGAAUUCCUUGUCAAAUAUAUUUUGUUCUUCGCAAAUCUUUUCUUUGCGUUGGCUGGUCUAGCUCUUGUUGGUCUGGGAAUCGCAGUGCAGCUCCAAGUAUCGGAAGUAGUGGAUGCAAUCGAGUCGGCUAACUUCCAGUUAGCUCCCAUUACGGCCAUCGUACUUGGUGUUAUCGUCUUCUUGAUAGCCUUCUUCGGAUGCUGUGGUGCCAUCAAGGAGAACAACUGCAUGCUCGUUACUUACUCAAUAUUCAUGUUGGUGUUGAUGCUAGCGAAAUUGACAUUGGCUGUGCUUAUCUUCGUGAAUCUGGAUAGCUACGUGCAAGAGAUCCCGCGCUGGUUGACCGAAUCCUUCAACAAGGAUAGACAGGCAUUCCAAGGAAUUGAAAGAACGUUCAAAUGCUGCGGUCCGCAAGGUGCAGCGUCUUACAUGAACUUCUCACUACCGGAUACCUGCUGCGCGUCCCUCCCCUGCACUGCCCUUAACGCUUACAGCGGCUGCUCCAGCGCUGUUGAGGAUUUCUUCCAGACUUUCGGAGUGGCUAUCGGCGCUGUAGCUAUCAGCAUUGUCUCUAUUGAGUUGGUUGCAGUUAUAUUCGCUCUCUGUCUCGCCAACCACGUGCGCAAUCAAAGCAGAAGAACACACUACUAGUUAUAUUAUACAAUAAUAUAAUUUAGCCAUAGUUUUAGUUCUUAAGUGUAUGUAUUACAAUGUUUUGUAUUAUUUACCGUUUUUUAACACCGAAGUAUUUAUUUGCAAGUUUCUAUCGAUUUUAUUGAAAUAAAUAUUUAUUCGUAAGUAGGUAUACGCAGCCCGUUCGCGCUAAGUUUGCCAUUGUAUUCUGCUUGCAUUCCAUGGACUGACAAACUCAGGGUGAACGGGUAUACAUUUUUAAGCUAUUGCAUAGCUUCUAUCGCGGGCCUUGAGCGCGGGGACCGAAUCCAGAAAUUCCGUAACGAAAAACCUCACGCUCCCCACUCCGACGGGCGGAGGUGUGGCUUGAA